AUGCUCCUCAUCACCAACCUCCUUCUAACCCUCACGCUCUCUCUCACCACCGCAUCACCCAUCUCUCAACCCAUCCCACCAACCUCAGACCCCUUCUACACCAUCCCCCCCAACAUCGAACAUCUCCCCCCAGGCACCAUCCUACGCCAUCGCCAACCCCCCUCUCCCAUAUCCGCCUUCCGCAUCCUCCCCGUAAACCUCAAAUCCACCCACCAAAUCCUCUACAAAACAACAAACACAUUCAACAACUCCACCGCCACCGUCCUCACCAUCCUUAUCCCCCACAACGCCGACUCCUCCAAGAUCCUCUCCUACCAAGUCGCUGAAGAUGCGUCCUUUGCAAACUGCGCACCCUCAUACGCAUUCCAACUUGCAUCAGCUACCUCCGGCCCCUUCGGCACUCUCAUCACCCAAGCUGAGCUGCUGCUCGUGGAAGCGGCCCUCGAACAAGGCUGGGUUGUCAUCGUGCCGGACCACGAAGGACCGCAGGGAGCUUUCCUAGCGAAUAAAUUGGCUGGGCAUGCUGUGCUCGAUGGAAUUCGUGCUGCUCUUCAGUCUGGUGGCUUUACAGGCAUACAGCCUUCUGCAAGUGUAGCACUAUGGGGGUACUCGGGUGGUAGUGUGGCCUCUUCCUUUGCGGCGGAACUACACGCCCAGUAUGCCCCGGAGCUGAAUAUCGUGGGUGCUGCCAUCGGUGGAACAGUGCCGGUGAUAGCUAAUGCUCUUACUACCAUCAAUGGUGGCUUUGGAGCCGGUCUCAUACCACCUGGUAUCUUGGGCCUCAGCUACGAGUACCCCCAAAUCCGGGCCCUCAUCACAAAGCACAUCCUGCCUCAGUAUAAGGAAUCCUUCUUCAAAGCCGAGAAGCAGUGCUUCGUUGCGGAUGCCCUGCAGUUUCCGUUUGCGGAUGUCUUUAAAAUGGUGGAUGAUGCGUCGAUAUUCACUUCCGAACCCGCGGCUUCUAUACUCAGGGAGAAUUCUCUGGGUGCGAAUGUUCCCCGUGCGCCGAUGUAUGUGUACAAGUCUAUACCGGAUGAAACGAGCCCGGUUAAGGAUACGGAUGAUAUCAUGGAGUAUUACUGUUCCAAGGGGACGUCGGUUUAUUAUAGUAGGGAUACUGUCUCUGAGCAUGGGAGUCUGGCUGUGACGGGGGCGCCUGGUGCGUUGGCUUGGUUGAGGGACAUGCUUGGUGGGAAGAAGCAGAGCGGGUGUGUGACGAGGACUGUUGUUUCGACGUUGCUGGAUCCGAGGACGCUGGAGAUUGUGCCCAAGGUUAUAGUUGAUGCGUUGUUGGACUUGUUGGGGAAGCCUGUUGGACCUGAUUUCUUUGGCUGA